CCCUCCAGUGAGGGCACCGCGCAGAGCAGCCGGCCCACUUAGGAUGAUGCUGCGUGGGUGCAGCAGGAGGCUGUGGUGCGCACUGUCCUUCCUGGGAGCUGCGGCUGGCUACAGAGUGGGCUCAGCGUAUUUAGGGACCAGUGCGGUGACGAAUCAACAAGAGUUUGAAUCCCGAAAAUCCAAAAUUGUCUCUCAGCCCAACAUGAAGAUUGAGCUACUUCCUGCCCUCACGGACAAUUACAUGUAUCUCCUCAUUGAUGAGGAGACCAAGGAGGCUGCCAUUGUAGAUCCUGUAACCCCACAGAAGGUUGUUGAAGCAGUGAAGAAGCAUGGAGUCAAACUAACCACUGUCCUCACCACACACCAUCACUGGGAUCACGCAGGAGGGAAUGAGAAACUUGUGAAAAUGGUGUCUGGGUUAAAAGUAUACGGCGGAGACGACCGGGUUGGGGCAUUAACCCAGAAAGUUUCUCAUCUAACAACAUUUCAGGUGGGGUCUCUUCAUGUCAAGUGUCUGUUCACCCCAUGCCACACCUCUGGGCACAUAUGUUAUUAUGUGACGAAGCCCAAUAGCUCUGAGCAGCCGGCCGUGUUUACAGGUGACACCCUCUUUGUGGCAGGGUGCGGAAAGUUCUUUGAAGGGACAGCAGAGGAAAUGUACGCAGCUCUGAUUGAGAUACUGGGGCGACUUCCUCCAGAGACGAGAGUAUAUUGUGGACAUGAAUAUACAAUCAACAACUUGAAGUUUGCGCGCCACGUGGAGCCUAAGAAUGAGAGCAUCAGGCAAAAGCUGUCUUGGGCUAAGGAAACCUAUGAUAAAGGGGAACCCACCAUACCAUCCACACUAGCAGAAGAGUUUACAUUUAACCCUUUUAUGAGAGUGCGGGAGAAGUCUGUGCAGCAGCACGCGGGGGAAGAUGACCCUAUCUCUACCAUGGCUUCCAUCCGCAAAGAGAAAGAUAAUUUUAAGAAUAACCCAGGCUGGCAGAAGACUGAUAGCCACAAGAUGGCAUCAUCUAAAAAUCUGAGCAAGUUUUGGGAGUGGGGAAGAAAAAUUAUCUGUGUUGGAAGAAAUUAUGCAGAACACGCCAAGGAGCUGAAGAACGCUGUCCCCACAGAGCCAGUGCUGUUUCUGAAGUCCCCCUCAGCGUAUGUGCGGGAAGGUGCUCCUGUCCUCAUGCCGUACUACAGCAAUACUCUGCACCAUGAAGUUGAGCUGGGAGUUGUCAUUGGGAAAGCAGGUAAAGACAUAGCACAGUCAUGUGCCAUGGAUCACGUGGAAGGCUAUGCAUUGUGCCUAGAUAUGACGGCCAGAGAUACACAGGACCAGUGCAAGAAGAAAGGACUCCCGUGGACUUUGGCAAAAGCCUUUGACACUUCUUGCCCUGUCAGUGACCUCAUACCCAAAGAAAAUAUAGCAGACCCCCACAAUUUGAAGAUCUGGCUGAAGGUAAAUGACACCAUGAGACAGGAAGGGAGUACGUCUUCAAUGAUCUUCUCCAUUCCGUUUCUCAUCAGCUACAUCAGCAGAAUAAUCACCCUGGAAGAGGGGGAUCUUAUCCUGACCGGGACACCUGAAGGUGUUGCUGCUGUGCAGGAAAAUGAUGAGAUGGUGGCAGGGAUUGGUGAUAUCAUUAGCAUGAAGUUUCAGGUUAAGAAACAGUCCUAAUUAAAGGAUGAGUCCUUUCAGCAUCACCUAUCUACAAUCAUUGCUUAGGUACUCUCUCCAGCAGAGAGUGGCUCAGAUUAUCUAAUAUGCGGGGGAAAGGGUAUGACAGCCACCCCUAUCGCUGUGUCACCUAUUAGUUCUGUCCAAUUAAAAUAAAUAUUCAUAAGUCCGAUACACUAGCGGGGCAGAUGUAUUAAGCCUGGGGAAGUGAUAAAGCAGUGAUAAGUGGAAGGUGAUAACGCACCAGCCAAUCACCUCCUAACUGUCAAUUUACAUAUUGGAGCUGAUUGGCUGGUGCAUUAUCACCUUGUACUUAUCACUGCUUUAUCACUUCUCCAGAAUUAAUACAUCUGCCCCACUGUGUGGUGUCUGCCACAUAAAGCCAUAUGUAUGUAGCCUUUAUAAUUCAGUAAAGACCGAUCUUGUGGAUGAUGAAUGUCAAACAAGCAGUAAGGAAUGAGAUGUUGUAUCUGAAAUCCUGACCUCCUUUUAAGUUUCACUUGACCUCAUGUAUUUUAAAGUGCACAAAACCUAAUGCUGCCCACACGCAAGCCAAUCCUGGUGAGUGCACUCUGACAGGAUUGGUUACUAUUUGGCUACUCAAAUCGAACAGAUCUGGCUGUUCCAUGUCCGGCCAUGUGAUGGGGUGGCAAUGUGGGCCUGUAUGUGCCAGCCUCAUUUCAGAAAUGCAUGAGAACGGCCGGAUUAAUAUUGGUUGGAAGAUUUGGGAUGAUGUGCAGUACAAUGAGAUGACCACAAGGUGGCACUGCAGUCAUGGUAAGCAGAAACAUUUGGAUCUUUCACUUUACUAAUGGUGGAGUGGAGAUCGCAAGAAUAAUGAAAACACAUAAGAUGUAUCAUACUUGUAUGAUCCUGUAUUGUUAAUAGUUAGCAAUGAAUUACCACUCUUAUGAAGUUUUGAUUGGUAAAUAAGCACAACUAUGUCACAAGACACAUUUUAACAAACAAUUGUAGAACUGAAUUGCAGAUGAAAAUACAGUGAAAAAUCAGAAA